AGUUCACAGUCUUCCCCAGCUUCAGCAGUGCUUGCCUUCAGUGGUCGCACUUGGAGGGUCCUGCCGCCAGUCAGAGGAGCCACCGCCACCACCUGACCAUGGCCGAGGAACUGGUUCUGGACAGAUGUGACCUGGAGCUGGAGGUCAAUGGCCGCGACCACCACACAGCCGACCUGUGCCGGGAGAAGCUGGUGGUGCGGCGGGGCCAGCCCUUCCGGCUGACACUGCAUUUCGAGGGCCGAAACUACGAGGCCAAUGUGGACAGGCUCACCUUCAGCGUCACCACCGGCCCAGCCCCCAGCAAGGAGGCCGGCACCAAGGCCCGCUUCCCGCUGUCCGAUGCCGCGGAGGAAGGUGCCUGGACGGCCGAGGUGGUGGCCCAGGAGGAUGGUGCCCUCUCGCUGCAGCUCGGCACCCCGCCGAACGCCCCCGUUGGCCUGUACCGCCUCAGCCUGGAGGCCUCCACCGGCUACCAGGGCUCCAGCUUCAUGCUGGGCCACUUCACCCUGCUCUUCAACCCCUGGUGCCCAGGAGAUGCUGUGUACCUGGACUCAGAUGAAGAGCGGCAGGAGUACAUCCUCACCCAGCAUGGCUUCAUCUACCAGGGCUCGGCCAAGUUCAUCAAGAACAUACCCUGGAACUUUGGGCAGUUUGAAGACGGGAUCCUGGACAUUUGCUUGACGCUCCUGGACAUGAACCCCAAGUUCCUGAGGGACGCCGGCCGUGACUGCUCCCGCCGCAGCAGCCCCGUCUAUGUGGGCCGGGUGGUGAGCGGCAUGGUCAACUGCAACGAUGACCAGGGCGUGCUGCUGGGGCGCUGGGACAACAGCUACGGGGAUGGCAUCAGCCCCAUGUUCUGGAUCGGCAGCGUGGACAUCCUGCGGCGCUGGAAGAGCUCCGGCUGCCAGCAAGUCAAGUAUGGCCAGUGCUGGGUCUUCGCUGCCGUGGCCUGCACUGUGCUACGGUGCCUGGGCGUCCCCACCCGAGUGGUGACCAACUAUAACUCGGCCCACGACCAAAAUAGCAACCUUCUCAUCGAGUACUUCCGCAACGAGUUUGGGGAGAUCCAGGGUGACAAGAGCGAGAUGAUCUGGAACUUCCACUGCUGGGUGGAGUCAUGGAUGACUAGGCCAGACCUGCAGCCCGGCUACGAGGGGUGGCAGGCGCUCGACCCCACGCCCCAGGAGAAGAGCGAAGGGACAUACUGCUGUGGCCCCGUUCCGGUCCGUGCCAUCAAGGAGGGUGACCUGAGCACCAAGUACGAUGCACCUUUUGUCUUUGCCGAGGUCAAUGCCGACGUGGUGGAUUGGAUCCGGCAGGACGAUGGGUCGAUACACAAGUCCAUCAACCGCUCCCUGGUCGUGGGCAUGAAGAUCAGCACUAAGAGUGUGGGCCGUGAUGAGCGGGAGGACAUCACCCACACCUACAAGUACCCUGAGGGGUCCCCAGAGGAGAGAGAAGCCUUCCAGAGGGCCAACCACCUGAACAAACUGGCUGAUAAGGAGGAGACGGGGAUGGCCAUGCGGAUCCGCGUGGGCCAGAGCAUGAGCAUGGGCAGUGACUUUGACGUCUUCGCCUACAUCACCAACAACACGUCUGAGGAACACACCUGCCGCCUGCUGCUCUGUGCCCGCACCGUCAGCUACAACGGGAUCCUGGGGCCCGAGUGCGGCACCAAGGACCUGCUCAGUCUCUCCCUGGAGCCCUUCUCCGAGAAGAGCAUUCCCCUUCGAAUCCUCUAUGAGAAGUACUGUGACUGCCUGACCGAGUCAAACCUCAUCAAGGUGCGGGGCCUCCUCAUCGAGCCGGCUGCCAACAACUACCUGCUGGCUGAGAGGGACAUCUAUCUGGAGAACCCAGAAAUCAAGAUCCGGAUCCUGGGCGAGCCCAAACAGAACCGCAAGCUGGUGGCUGAGGUGUCCCUGCGGAACCCGCUCACCACGCCCCUGUCAGGCUGCACCUUCACCGUGGAGGGGGCCGGCCUGACCGAGGAGCAGAAGGUCAUGGAGAUCCCAGACCCCGUGGAGGGCGGGGAGGACGUCAAGGUGAGGGUGGAGCUGCUGCCACGCCACGUGGGCCGCCACAAGCUGGUGGUGAACUUCGAGAGUGACAAGCUGAAGGCCGUGAAAGGCUUCAGGAACGUCAUCAUUGGUCCUGCCUAAGGGCUGCGGGCCCGGCCCCAGAGAGCUCCCAGCUUGACUGCCAUUUUUGUUCCAGGCUAAUGAGCAAAAUUUGCCCCUUCUUGGGCCCCCAGACUUCAGAAUCUGUGGGGGCUCUUUGGGAUGGAAUGUAUUUCUGGCUACUCUUGUGGUUCCCCGCUUCCCCUUACCUGGAAGAAUGUUCCGUGGCUCCACAGUGGGACCACGUCCUCGGCUGGCUGGGCCCCGGGGUGGGGGAGGAGGAGGCACCCAUGCCUUUCUAUACAGCCCAGAUGCCGUUGGAAAGCCACUGACCACCCCUCAUAUUGCUUGAUUCACUCUAGAGCCCCCGGGAGCAGGCAAAAGAGAGACGGUGUCCACUGACCAGAUCCCAAACAAUGCACAGGAGCCCUUGGGGAGACCCAGAGCAGGUGCAGGUGGAGUCCCAGGAAAGGCCAGUCCCAAGUUCCCUCCACAUCCUGGCAGGCCUGGCUCUAAAGUCUCCCCCCCGCAACCAUUGCGAGGCACCUACUAUGUGCCGGGCACUCCCUGUGCUUACUGGUGCUCACGCAGCUACCAACCCAUUUAAUCACCACCGGAAAUCACGAAGUGGGAGCCGCUUUCUUGAUGAAGAGACUGGGGCCCAGAGAAGGGAGGCGGCCCACUCCGCCCCACGGGAUUUUUGCAAGGCUGGGUUGUAUGAAGACACUGGAACAGAGCCCAGGACUUCUGACUCCGAGUCCAGCCUCCCGUUCACGGUGCCAGCCCUGACCUGAGAAUAUCAAAGGGACCAUUUGGGACCUGAUCAGAAGGGUACAGGUGGAGUGAGGUAGGGAGGAGAUUGGAGGGGUCAGAGUUCUAGGUUUGAGCCCCAAGUCCAGCCAGCCGCUGCCUCCCCUCUCUGGGCCGCAGGCCCCUGACUGGGCAGUGGAGCAGAUGCACCAGCUCCUGUAGAAGAUUCCAGUGCCUUACAUGACCCAGCCUUGCAAGUGAUGGCAAGCCCUACUUGUGGCUCCACAGAGCCCCAGGCCACGGGCCCAGAUGUUUCUGAGUGUGAAACCCUGACCAUGACCAGGUCCACGCUCCCAGCCCUGUCUGGGUCCCCCGUCUGUGCCCAGGCACCUUCCGUCAGACCACGGUUUUAGAAAACAGGACCCCAGGAGCCCCUGUCCUAUCCAUGAGCCUGCCCACUGCAAGGCCUAGACUUCACGAGAGCCUUAGCCGCCUGUGCUGGUCACUAACCAACAAAGCUGGCGUCUCAAUGGCCACCUUUUUGCAGGACCAGGGCCCGGGAGCCCAGCCCCCACCCCAAGGACGAACCAAGAGCCCAUGAGUUGUCAUCUCAGUUUUUAUCCCCUGCUCUCUCACGUGACGGGGUUGGAAGAGAAGCAAGGGAAGAUUCUCUCUCUCUCUAUCACGGCCUCCAGGGCCCCCAGAAUCCCAGAGAGGGGCUUGGAGAAAGUCACGCUGACGCACACAGAACUUUCCGCUUUGCAUAGAGAAGAAUCACAAAAUGAGCCGACACGUAUGUGUUCUUACAAAUGUGCCUCUAAUCCUCUUUGGUUUGAUAAACACACUUCUGGGUUCCAAGCAGGCAGUAGAUGUGCUUUUGGGCCACAAAGACUGAGCACUGAAAUAAAAUUGUUUAUUUUGCACAUUCAAA